UUCGUAUCUCUUGAUUUGUCCAACAACAGGUUCCAUGGCAAGAUGGCCGGUGAGAUUGGGAACCUGAAAUCACUGGUUGUCCUCAACUUGUCAAGAAAUGGUUUUGAUGGAAGAAUCCCUUCAUCGCUUGGGGACUUGGUCGAGCUUGAAUCCUUAGACCUCUCAACCAAUAAACUCUCCGGAGUAAUUCCUCAGCAGCUUACCAGCCUAACUUUCCUCUCCUUUCUUAAUGUAUCAAACAACAAUUUGACAGGGCUUAUACCAAAAGGAUACCAGUUCAAUACCUACACAAAUGACUCCUAUCUUGGGAACCCUGGAUUGUGUGGAGAGCCACUGUCAAGAAGUUGCUCGGAGCCUACUGGAUCUACACUGCAACCUCCAUCACAGGGUGACGACUCAAGCAAAGAGAGCUUAUUCGAUUGGAGAUUUGCAGGAUCAGGUUAUGCAAGUGGAAUAGUUGUUGGACUUGCACUGGGUUAUGCAUUUUUACCAGAUUUCCAAUAUCAUGAAGGUCGUUUGCAACUCAAAAAGAAGAUCAGAAGACGAGGAAGAUCAUCAACUUAAGAUGAACCUUGUCUUGAUCCAAAGGCAAGCAAGAAUGGUAUCACCCUGGUGG